AACGGAGUCAUUAAUUCAAAUCGUCACCGGGGCGUUGUUUAUUGUGAUUCACUGAGAGGUUAUCGUUCCGUCCAUCAAGCUGAUUUUCGAAAAACAAUCAUGCGUUUUGACUCAUUAGUGUCCUUGAACGCACCUUAAAAUGGAGAAAAGGCCUUUUUCUUUUAUUUGUUGGACUACCUUCUUUAGUUUGGUUCUGAAUUCUGCAUAUGGCCAAGAGGCCUCCUCAACACCUUUAGGCUGUUACAAAGACAGCAGUGACAGAACUGAUUUUUCAUUUCUUUCUCCCAAGAGUGAUGCUGGUGAAUAUGUGGGUGCCUGCGUGCAAGAGUGUCUGAAAAACUUUUUCAGGUAUGCUGCUCUGAGGAAUGGUGAGCAAUGCGCUUGCGGCAGCAAAUUUGGUUCCUUCGGAGAGGCUGACGAACACCAAUGUGACAAACCAUGUCGGAGGAACUCGAGUCAAAUAUGUGGCGGUGCCUUUGCCAGCAGUGUGUAUGACACGGGUCAGAAAGUUCCUGGCCCCCCUGUUGGGUUGAUGGUAAAUGAUGUGACUGAAACCCAGUUUCAUGUUUCCUGGGGCCCACCCACGGCGUCAAAUGGUGUCAUUCGCUCCUACACUGUGACUGCGGAACUUACCAAGACCUUCAGUGCAAUGCAGUUGCCACCCCAAAUGUCAUGGACGUACACAUCCGAUGUGAGAAGCGCAGAUGUCCUUGAUCUGCAUCCCGGCUCAGAGUAUCGUGUGAGCGUACAAGCGGUCUCUGAUCAGGGUGAAAGUGUCCCUGCGCAACUCUUUGUUGAGACACACAUUGGAUACCCAUUACAACCAGGCCAACCUAAAAUUCUGAUGAAGCUUGUCCCAGAUGGUCGAAUAGUGAUUCAAUUUUCGGAAGCUUCGUCUGACAAUGGGCCAAUCACUGGAUACAGAGUCAUAGUGACCUGUAGCAUUGCUCAGCUAAAUGAAAAUAUCAUGCCUAAUUAUUACGAUGCAGUGAAGAAAGGGAUUACAUAUUAUGUUGCUGCGCAGUUGGAUGCUGACGCGUGGAUGAGAAACUUCACGGUUGGAGAUGGACUGCGCUAUGGGGGUUUUGAUAAUGUCCGCCUCAAAUUUGGCGAUGAAUGUAGACCAGAGGACGUUUUGAUAAUCAUUGGUGCAGUGAGCUCUCGUGGAAACCAAACACUCAUUUCCUAUUCCAAUAGCAACAUGGACUAUGAAAAUGUUCUUGUUAUUCGACGAACAUCAGAACCUUUGAAGGAAGAGGGCCUGGAGAGUGGACUCAUUGUUGCAAUUGUUGUAUGCAGUGUUUUGCUGGUCUUAGUCGUUAUCGCUUACUUUGCUGCGAGACACUUCGCCCCCCAGCGCCGAGGAGCCUCAAGGAUGGAGGACCCACAAGAAAUGUCCCUGCAGGGACCCAUGAUAGAAGUGGAAAAUUAUGGCUACUUACCGGAGGAAGAGGAGAACCGUGUUGACCAUUAUGACCGUUUAAAGAAGGUUUUAUGGGACAUCCCACGCAAUUUUCUGGAUAUUAAGGAUGUCCUUUUGGGCAGUGGGGAAUUCGGCCCAUUUAUGAAGGGUACUGUUCUUCAAAAUAGUUACCCAACACCAACCUCUGUUCAGUGCAUUGAAGAUGGUGCUCUCUCUUCUACUACCAAACGCAGCAUGUUGAAGGAACUUGCUACUUUAAUUAAUUGUGGGACUGCCAACCAUGCCAAUGUUAUUCGAUUGAUUGGCACCUGUGAGACCCCAGAUAUGCUGUAUGUUGUUCUGGAACACCAUCCUGCUACUUUAAAGGAUAUUCUACUAGAGAGCAGGACUUUAGAGAGACCAGGCCAGGGAUUUGAAAGAGAUCUCUCUUCUGUAUGCUCACUUCCACAACAGGCCUUUUUACAAAUUGGUAUUGGGAUUAGCCAGGGCAUGGCCCAUCUAGCCAGUAACAAAGUGAUUCACAAACAGUUAGCUGCGUGUAGUGUCCUGAUGGCAGAUGGCAUGGUCCCAAAGAUCUCUAACUUUGGCAUUGCUAAGUGCAAUAGACCUAAUACCAUCGCUGAUUUCACUCGGUGGACGGCAAGAGAAAUUUUCCGCAGCCAGCACUUUACAGUUAAAAGUGAUGUGUGGGCAAUGGGCUGUUUGCUGUGGGAAAUGGCUGCUCUGGGCGGAACACUUUAUCAGAACAUUCCCACCGCGGAAGUUGCAUCUCGCGUCAUGCGAGGACUAAGACCUCCGCACCUUGCUCACGUGUCUGACGAUCUGUAUCAGUUGAUGCUGCAAUGUUGGCAGCUUGACCUGGACGAACGACCGGACUUUUCAGAGAUAACUGCCUCUCUCUGCGAGCUGAUAAAUGAUAGUGAGACUCAUCUUGACUGGAGUGUUGUUCCGGGUUUCCGGUAUGAGCAGUAUUCAUCUGAACUUGAGACGAGCCUUCAGGGGUGAGAGUUGAUGUGAUGUUUUUAAAUGUUGAGCCUUGUUCACUGCCUACUCCGUCCAUUAUUUUAAGGAAAAUUAUGAUAACCAUUGGUAUCUAUCGUAUUGUUACUUCAUAUGCCAUGAACUAACUGCACUCCUAGAUAUUUAGCUUGUUGGAUGUGUUUACUUGACCAUAUCUUUUUAUUGUGACCAUUGCAACAUGUUUCUUGCCCCAUUAUAAUUACUUUUGCUAUACCUUGGAGCAUGUGCAUUUAGUACUUCUAUUUUCUGUAGAUUUUUAUUUCAAGCCUUGCCUUGAUUUAUGUGAUUCUGGAAUCUCGCACACUCAUGUCUGAGCAGCUGUAUUUGGAGACUUGUUACCCUCUAGUUCUUCUAUCGUGUUGCUCAUAACUAGAGCCAUCUGCACAAACUAUUGCCAUUACAUUAUAAUAAAUCAUAACAUUGCAUUAAUUAGCAUUACAAUUUUUUUUUUUUUGUAACUUUUAAGACUGUUGAGUUGAGGUUGUGAAGGCAGAAGUUGUUGAACAAAUGUGCCUUAGGUAUUUGAAACUGGAAUAUUGAACUGAAAAUGCUGCAUUUCUUCAAAUGUUUAUAUGUAAGUUUUGCAGUUUGAGUACUCAAUUAAUUUUUUAAACUACUCAAAAUUGAACCAUCAAGUUCUGCUCAUUACCGUAUUAUUUUUCUUGUUGUCUCUUUUCUUUUUAAGUGAAGUACCAAAGUGCUUUGAAGAUCUGAAGGAUUUAUUCCUAAUUUGGGAAGUUUUGUGUGAGCAGUGUUUUAAAGGCUCAACUUUUUUCUUUGUGAUUAGCCUAGUAUUUGCCAUUCCAGGUUUUAACUGCAAUGCUUCUUUCAAGACAUUUUUUAAGAAUCUAGCGCACAACAAUUUGUGUGUGACCAGUCAUAGUGUAUGUAUCAAGGUGUAUGUACUUUUAGAUGAUUUACUUCUGUAUGAAUAUUUUGACAAACUUAUAGAAAUCUGUACUUAAAUGAUGAGUCCUUUAUUUUCAUAUUUUUAACUUUUACCACUUUACCUGUCUUUAGUCAAUUGUGAAGUUCCUACCAAUUGUGUAGAUUUAUUGUCUGAAAAUAUUACCAUAUGUAGGGUUUCUCAAUCAAGGUGGGUGCAAAGGUUUCCUCAUGUAAUGGAUCUGACUCAAAUUCUCCCUCCUUUACUUCUCUCCUCCCAUUGUCAAUAUUGGUUUCUUGUUCAUUCUAGUUUUCUUAUUGUGAACAUGUGCUGACUCUUUGAUAAAUUAAAGUAUAUUAAAAAUUA